AUGUCAACACAUGCAAAUCACCCUUUUCAUUUAGUAGAUUAUAGUCCCUGACCAUUAACAGGAGCUAUUGGAGCUAUAACAACAGUUACUGGACUUGUUCAAUGAUUUCAUCAAUAUAAUAACUCUUUAUUUCUAUUAGGAAAUAUUAUUACUAUACUUACAAUAUAUCAAUGAUGACGAGAUAUUUCUCGAGAAGGAACAUUUCAAGGUCUUCAUACUAUCCCUGUAACAUUAGGAUUACGAUGGGGAAUAAUUUUAUUCAUUAUUUCAGAAGUAUUUUUUUUUAUUUCGUUUUUUUGAGCUUUUUUUCAUAGUAGUUUAUCCCCAACUAUUGAAUUAGGAAUAAUUUGACCUCCUAUUGGAAUUAUUCCUUUUAAUCCCUUCCAAAUUCCUUUACUUAAUACAGCUAUUCUCUUAGCAUCAGGAGUUACUGUUACAUGGGCUCAUCAUACUUUAAUAGAAAGUAAUCAUUCUCAAACUACUCAAGGAUUAUUUUUUACAAUUAUAUUAGGAAUUUAUUUUUCAAUUUUACAAGCUUAUGAAUAUAUUGAAGCACCUUUUACAAUUGCAGAUUCUGUUUAUGGAUCAACAUUUUAUAUUGCUACAGGAUUUCAUGGACUUCAUGUAUUAAUUGGAACAACAUUUUUAUUAAUUUGUUUAUUACGACAUUUAAAUUAUCAUUUUUCUAAAAAUCAUCAUUUUGGUUUUGAAGCAGCAGCUUGAUAUUGACAUUUUGUUGAUGAAGUUUGAUUAUUUUUAUAUAUUCCAAUUUAUUGAUGAGGUAAUUAA